AUGAAACAGCAGGUACUAGCUCUCUCCACGGCUAUUUGUCGUGGCCGACCAUUAGUCACAAAUUACGUGCUAAGCCAGCAUCGCUUCACGUCUUCGUCGAGUGCUAAGACGGACUCUGGGGACAAAUCAGCCAAUGCAGCGGGCAGUGCAAAAAAGAAAGAAGGCUUUGACAAGCUGAAGAAGACACACAAGAGCAUGGCUGACGCUGAUGAGGAAAUGCGGCGAGCGAUGGAGAAUCUAGCAGGAGAUGGGGGAGAGUCUGGAGUCGAGCUAGAGGACGGCAAGCCUGUUGCCAUGAAGCGAGGCGUCCGGGAAAACAUGUUCAGAUAUAUCUGA